AUGGAAGAUGCAUGUCCAUUCCAACCACACAUCAACCCACGCAGUAGGCGCCUUGCCCGGUAUGCACCGACUCUCCGCGAGCGCCAGGAACACGAUGGGCAGCGGAGGUCUGCCAGCCGUGGGGAAAGCCACGUGCAGCGACAGUGUGGCGCACCGACGCCCAGGCCUGAGACGCAGGCAUUCAUUAUAGACACUGAAAACGACGUUGUGGAGCGUGUGUGGGAUCUCUGGCACAGCGUGGCGAUCAGGGAGGCGCGUGAACCCGGAGCAGCCUUAGUGCGGCGCGUGCACUCCGUGAACAGCGGCGACACGCUCCCCCAGCGUCGGCCACGGGUGGUGUACGUGAGAACGGUGCUUGGGAUGCUUAACGCACUGGGUAUCACCUCACCUCAGCACGAUGCUCUGAUCACCAAGUUUCUCACGGCAAUGGCACUCGAAGGUGGCGCCUCGGAAGCCUUCAAGCAAGACGAAACAGUGGAUGCGGCGCAGUUCAUAUACGUCUUCUCGACAGUCUGGCGGGCGGCUGUUACAAAUCGCACGCGGUGGUCCCCUACCUCGGCGCAAGUAAGCGUAUCGUCACCAGUGGCACAGCAGCGCGACAGCGCCUCCAGCGGCGCAACAAUGCACCACCCCUACGCUGGGAGCGACUCGCACCGAGUGGCCCCACUGCCACGCAUGAAGGCGGUGCCAGUGUCAGAACCCACUGCGCCAGAGGUAGACAGCAGCGGUAGCAGCGCUUCGGCUGGCAACGCACUGUCAGCGUCCUCAUCCUCCGUUGUGUGGAGAAGUCGCGAAGGAGGAAAGGAAGAGGCACACACGGACACAGAGAGCACAUCGCCAUCCACCAACAGCGAUAGUGGUGACGAGAGGAGAGUCGACGUAGCGGAGUGCGACGCCGACCUUUUACACACUAACGUCUCUCACACAUCGUCCACUACCCUAGACUCAGCGGAGAAGCCGCAGGCUGGCGUUCGCGGUGAGGAACGGUCACCGAUGGCCAUGGAGCCGCCGGCGGUUCUCGACCCCAGUCCGGAGGAACGCAACCCAGGCGAACCCGUCAUCACCACGCCAACCCAUCCAAGCGCCACCUCCCGCACCCAUCAUCGCUCGCCGUUUGCCGCGGCGUCGUGUCUCUGCAGCACGCCCGUGUCGCACAGUCGACGCACGAGUUCGUCCUUUCGUGCAAUACCGAGUGACUCGCAUCUGCUCUCAAGCACUGCUAGCAGGGAACUCAAGAGGGCAACGAAGCGCGUUCCUGGCGGGCUGAUGCGCGAGUGCACCUUCAAGCCUGCGAUCAACUCCGUCUGUGAGCAGCGCCCUGUUAGCUUGAGCAAUACGGCUAUUGUGCAGAGGCGCAAGCCCGCGUCCACCCCGCUGCCUACCUUCCAGCCGAACAUCCAGCAGUUGUACCAGGCGCGCGACAGCCUUGCAUGGUGGACGAGACAGCCCUUCAACCACAGCGAUGGCAACCGUGCUGAGGCAGUGGUAGCCCCUCUGACGACCAGUUUGGAGACGGCGGUGCGCCGCAUGAUCGCCGCGCGGCAGCGCGCGCAGUCGCUAAAGCCGAGCCUACAAAAGGCGAGCUGCCACUCGGUGCCUGCAGCACGGUCUGCCGUGCGGGCACCGGUGGCACACCUUGCCAAGCCGCUGCUAUAUGUUGACGUCGAUCUGCCGCACGGCAGGCAAGAGCGCCUUGCCUUACACGCAGGGGAUAACAUACGAGACGUAGCACAGCGCUUCAGCACUUUGCAUGGGCUAACUGACUCUCUGUGCCAGCGGCUGGUAACAGCGCUGACAGCUGAGCUCCGUGCCAUCCCGAUGGGAAAGGAGGCAUAG